AUGAACAUGCUCUUCACAUGGGACACGACUGAUCUGUGCAUCGUCUUCAAAGGCUGGCACAUCUCCGGCACCGGCACGCUUAUUCUCAGCCUGCUAGCUAUCGUGCUGAUGACCGCGGGAUAUGAGGCGGUCCGCGAGGCGAGCAGACGGUACGAUGCGCAUGCGAAGAAGAUAGAAGAGGGCAGGAGGGGUGGAGAUGAUUUAUCGAGUAAGCCUCACAUACCUCCCACUUUCCUUUCACGUUCAGCAAGAGCCGGAUGUAUACAUUAUAAGACCUGGGUAUGGGUGUAG